AUCAGACACAAUCUCUGAUGGGAAGUCGGUUCUGUCUUUUAUAUAAACCCAUUAAAGCUUUUCUUUCUCACCAGUUCUCAUACUUCUCUCUCUAGUUUCACAAUCUCUCUUCUUCACUAAGUCUUUCAUAAAAACCGAGCAAGAUCAAUAGGCUUCUAAGCCAUGUCUCUACAAUACUAUGCUCUUAACUCUAUUCAACGUAACAACUUGUUCAGUACCAAAACAACAGUUUCUCCUUCUCCUACUUCUUCUCUCUCUUCUUAUGUCCUUAAGAUCUCAGAAUCACCGCUAAGUUUGGGGAGAGACAAACCCAGAAGCAGCUCCAUUUAUACAAAGCUUCGAACUCAAGAAUACCCUAAGUCUAAGGAAAUUCAACAUGAUCUACCUCUAAUACAUUGGCAACAGCUUCAAGGAGAUGAUGCGCCUCAGAUAAGUAUUGGAAGUAAUGAUAUUGCAAUCGAAGAAGCAGUGAAAAGAGUGAAGUCCAUUUUGAGCAACUUAAGUGACGGUGAAAUUACGAUAUCAGCUUAUGACACUGCUUGGGUUGCUUUAAUCGACGCCGGAGAUAAAACUCCGGCGUUUCCCUCCGCCGUGAAAUGGAUCGCCAGCAAUCAACUCUCCGAUGGUUCCUGGGGUGAUGCUCAUCUCUUCUCUUAUCAUGACCGUCUCAUCAACACACUUGCAUGCGUUGUUGCUCUAACAACAUGGAAUCUCUACCCUCAUCAAUGCCACAAAGGAAUCACGUUUUUUAGAGAAAAUAUUGGAAAGCUAGAAGAAGAAGACGAUGAGCAUAUGCCUAUUGGAUUCGAAGUAGCCUUUCCUUCGUUACUUGAGAUAGCUCGAGGAAUAAACAUAGAUGUACCGUACGAUUCUCCGGGCUUGAAAGAUAUAUACGCCAAGAAGGAGCUAAAGCUAACAAGGAUACCAAAAGAGAUAAUGCACAAGAUACCAACAACAUUGUUGCAUAGUUUGGAGGGCAUGCGUGACCUAGACUGGGAAAAGCUAUUGAAACUCCAAUGUCAAGAUGGAUCUUUCCUCUUCUCUCCUUCCUCUACUGCUUUCGCAUUCACGCAGACCCGAGAUAGUAAGUGUCUUGGGUAUUUGCGCAAUGCCGUCAAACGUUUCAAUGGAGGAGUUCCCAAUGUCUUUCCUGUGGAUCUUUUCGAGCACAUAUGGAUUGUGGAUCGGCUUCAACGGUUAGGGAUAUCAAGAUACUUUGAAAAAGAAAUUAAAGAGUGUCUUGACUAUGUUCACAGAUAUUGGACCGACAAAGGCAUAUGUUGGGCUAGAUGUUCCCAUGUCCAAGAUAUCGACGAUACAUCCAUGGCAUUUAGGCUCUUAAGACUCAAUGGAUACCAAGUUUCCGCGGGUAGAAGAUACUCUUUUUUGAUAAUAUAUUUUAACAUUUGUAACCAUUUUAAAUAUUUAACACCUGGUUCAAAAUUAGAUGUGUUCAAGGUUUUUGAGAAAGAAGGAGAGUUUUUCUGCUUUGCGGGCCAAUCAAACCAAGCGGUGACCGGUAUGUUCAAUUUGUACCGGGCAUCGCAAUUAGCGUUUCCAAGAGAAGAAAUAUUGAAAAACGCCAAAGAAUUCUCGUCCAAGUAUCUGCAACAUAAACAAGAGAAAGGGGAGUUGCUUGAUAAGUGGAUUAUUAUGAAAGACUUACCUGGCGAGAUUGGUCUCGCGUUGGAGAUUCCAUGGUACGCAAGCUUGCCCCGAGUGGAGACGAGAUUCUAUAUUGAACAGUAUGGUGGAGAAAACGACGUUUGGAUUGGCAAGACCCUUUAUAGGAUGCCAUAUGUGAACAAUAAUGAAUAUCUGGAAUUAGCAAAACAAGACUACAACAAUUGCCAAGCUUUGCAUCAACUCGAAUGGGACACUUUCCAAAAGUGGUAUGAAGAAAAUUGGUUAAGUGAGUGGGGUGUGAGUAGAAGCGAGCUUCUAGAGUGCUAUUAUCUAGCGGCUGCGACCAUCUUUGAAGCAGAGAGGUCACUUGAGAGAAUGGUUUGGGCUAAAUCAAGUGUAUUGGUUAAAGCCAUUUCUUUCUCGUUCGGAGAAUCCUCCGACUCAAGAAGGAGCUUCUUCGAUCAAUUUUGUAACUAUACUGUCAAUGCUCGACGAACUGAUCAUCACUUCAUUGACAGGAGUAUGAGAUUGGACCAACCAGGAUCAGUUCAGACGAGCAGUGGGCUUGUCGGAAUCUUAAUCGGAACUUUGAAACAAAUAUCCUUUGAUCAUUACAUGUCUCAUGGUCGUGACGUUAACAGCCUUCUCUAUCAGUCGUGGGGACAUUGGCUGGAGAAAUGGAAAUUAGGUGGAGAUGAAGGACAUGGAGAGCUCCUGGUGAAGAUGAUUAUUCUUAUGAAGAACAAUGACCUAACUAACUUCUUCUCUCAUCCUCACUUUGUUCGUCUCUCAGAAAUCAUCAACCGAAUCAAUCUUAUUGCCCAAUACCUAAAGACACUGAGAAACGAUGAGAAAGAGAAGACAAAAAAGAGAAUAGAGAAUGAGAUGGAGCAAAUGCUUGAGUUAGUCUUCUUGGAGGUUGACACAUUCCGUGAUGUCAGCAUCACGUUUCUCGAUGUAGCAAAAGCUUUUUACUAUUCUGCUUCAUGUGGUGAUCAUCUCCAAACUCAUAUGGCCAAAAUCUUGUUUCAAAAAGUUAUAUAACCUCAUCAGUAUCUAUCCAUGCCGCUGGUAUUUAGUUAUGUAAUCAAUGCAUAAUCAAUUCAUGAAUCUAUUGAUUCUUGUAUAUAUAUAGGGUUCGUGGAGAAGGAAAGCAGAUUAAACUAUUAGGCUCCAUUUACAAUAGAUAUGAAUGCUUCAGGAAACAACUUCUUAUAGACGUU